CUGGUGGAGCCAACUAGUGGAAACACUGGCAUUGGACUUGCAUUUAUAGCUACUUCAAAAGGAUAUAAGCUCAUAUUGACAGUGCCAGCCUCAAUGAGUCUAGAAAGAAGGGUUCUUUUUAAAGCUUUUGGAGCUGAGCUUGUUUUGACUGAUUCUGCUAAGGGGAUGAACGGAGCAGUUCAGAAAGCUGAAGAAAUUUUGAAUAGCACGCCAAAUGCCUACAUGCUUCAACAAUUUGACAAUCCUACAAAUCCAAAGGUAUUUUGCUGCAAUUUUUUUAUUCUCUCCCAAGCACCAUGUUCCUCAUCUUCAAAUUCCUCAUCUUCAAAUUCUUCAAAUUCCUCACUAGCUUUUGGCCUUUUAUCAUUCUGCAGGUUACAAACAGUCGAGGAGAUGUUCUCCAAUGUAGUCAUUACAUGCCUAUUGUUCGUCCAGAAGGAAAGGCUUUGCCUUGUGUAUUCUAUUGCCAUGGAAACAGUGGAUGCAGGGCAGAUGCCAGUGAAGCGGCUAUAAUAUUGUUGCCUUCAAACAUUACUGUUUUCACCCUUGAUUUCUCAGGGUCUGGACUAUCUGGAGGAGAGCAUGUCACAUUAGGG